AUGUCAAAAGAAGAGAAAGAUACUAAGAUAACAAUUAAUGAAACAGAAGAAGAAAAAGACUAUUCUGGCGAGAGGAAGGCCGGCCGGGUCCUGCCUAUAUUCAUCAUUGGACUCCUUGCUACCUGCUAUUAUAUAUUUGUGGUGGAGCUGUGCAUAUUCACUGUACAGUUAUUAGAGGCAAAGGUGACUUUCCUGGUGAUUUUCCACCUUUUGUUCCUCCUGUGCGUGUGGUGCUAUCUCCGGACUGUUAUGAUGCCUCCCGUUGUCCCUCCUGAAAAAUUCCGCCCAUCGGAGUCUGACAAGCAGCUGUACCUGAGUGAUGAGAGGCCACAAGUGCUGCAGGAGAUCCUCAUUCGUACGGCUAAAGACUUGCCUAUUUAUACUAAGGAUCCAAAAGGAGAUGUUCGGUACUGUGCCACAUGCCAAAUGUUAAAGCCAGACAGGUGCCACCAUUGCCCAGUGUGUAACGUCUGUAUACUGAAACUGGAUCAUCACUGCGUAUUUCUAAACAACUGUGUGGGAUUCUCCAACUACAAGUUCUUCCUCCUGUGCCUGACGUAUGCAAUGCUAUUGUGCAUAUUCACUAGUGCAGUGUCGCUUCAUUUCUCCAUACUAUUCUGGACUCAUCAGCUGCCCAACAGCCCAUCCAAAGUCCCCAUCAUUGUGCUGUUCUGCCUGACCACAAUCUUCUCUAUAAUCCUAUUUCUAUUUUGCCUUGGUCAGUCUGAACUGGCUUUAACAAAUGUAACUUCUAGAGAGGAAAAUGAUAACAUAGCUGAUGACACAACUGAGGAGAAUAAUCCCUAUAACUUGGGCUUCAGCAAGAAUCUGAGAGAAGUGUUUGGCAAUGAAAAGAAAUACUGGUUCCUCCCAAUCUUCAGCAGUUUAGGAGAUGGCUUCUCAUUCCCAAUGGGUGAGGCCACAGAAGAUAUAGAGAAAAAUGCUGCUUUUGCCAAACCCCCAAAUGAGGGAAUAUAGGGUUAUGGAAGAUAACUUAUAAUACAAGUUGACCAGGGACUGGUGCGAUUGCCAAUUUGGAGUCAGGAAGGAAUUCCCC